GAGGACGUGACCUCAGCGUCCUCUAUGCUAGUUCCGGCCCUGUUUUUUUCGUACGAUAAAAUCAUCUUAUUUCACUGCAGUAAAUUUCAGCUAGCUGUGCGGCAGCCGGUCCAAGCUAACUCGCGGUCUGCGGUGUGCCCCUCUCUGUUUGCAGAUUGUGUUGAAGCCUACCAGAACCACCUGAAAGGGGAAACGAACGGCCUGUUUAAGAUCAAACCCGGCGGCAAGGACUCCGCGCAGGUAGUGAAGGUUUACUGUCAGCAGGAGGGGCUAAUGGGUGGGUGGUUGUUAGUCCAGCAAAGAGAGAGUGGCGCGCUCAGCUUCAACCGCUCCUGGGCCGAAUAUCGCAGCGGGUUCGGUUCAGUGGACGAGAAGGGCAAGGGGGAGUUCUGGCUAGGCAACCAGAACCUCCACCUGCUCACUAAUCAGGGUGAGAGCAUGCUAAAGGUGGAGCUGGAAGAUUGGGAAGGGGGCGUAGCCAUUGCUGAGUACACAAUCAGGGUUGGCUCAGAGGAGGAAGGGUACCCGCUGCAUGUAUCGGGGUACACCGGGGAUGCCGGGGACGCUCUGGUGGUGCCGCGCUCUAACAUGGCGUCUUACCUGUCCCACAACGGGAUGAAAUUCAGCACCUUUGACAAAGACAACGACAAGUGGGAGGAGAACUGUGCAGAGAUGUACGGGGGCGGGUGGUGGUACAACAACUGCCAGUCAGCUAACCUGAAUGGGAUUUAUUAUGAAGGCACAUACGACCCGGAGAAAAACACGCCGUACGAGAUUGAAAACGGAGUCGUAUGGGUGACGUAUAAAACGGCCAAUUACAGCCUGAAAACAGUGAGGAUGUUUAUCCGACCCGCCGCCUUUUAAGAAAAAAAAAAGAUCAAAUAAGUUAAACACUUUUAUACUCGUCCGUGUAUUGAAUUAGGUUGCAAAACAGAAGCUGCAGAUAAAUAUUUGAGGCCAAAAAUCCUUGAGACUGUCGAUCUUUGUGUUAAUCAUUGUGAGAUUUCAGACUCCUGGAUGUGGGUGUUGAUUCUUCCUGUCCUGUGUAAAUGUCAUCGGUCUGUUUGGAUCUGACCUGUGUUCGUGGAACCACCUGAUGUUUCCACUGUUCUCUC